AUGUCCCAAGUUGCAACUCAGAUUGAGGAAAACAAUCCUCUCGUAAUCAAGUUACAGAAUGGCCAAACUCUCCAUGUUGAAUCCAACGAGGCCAUUGAUGCAAAUGAGAUCCCUAUCAUCGAUGUAGCUGGAAUCUACAGUGACAAGUUGGCGGACCGGCAGGAUAUAGCGGACAAGAUUCGAGAAGCCGCUCAUCGCAUCGGCUUCUUCUACGUGGUCAACCAUGGCUUUGAUUCCAAACUGGCGGACGGGGUGUUUGAGCAAGCUAGGCGCUUCUUUGCACUGCCGCUGGAGAAGAAGAUGGAGGUUGACACGAAUCUCGUGCCAAAGGAGUAUGUGGGAUACCAUGCCCUCGCGAGUUAUAACAGGAAUGGAAGGAAGCAUCAUGACCUCAGUGAAGCUUUCAACCUAGCCUACUCCGCAGAGCAAGAUCCCGAGAACCCAGAAAAUGACCCGGGGACUUCAAUAUGGCCAAGUGAUCUCCCUGGUUUCAAGGAAGCCAUGUAUGCUUACCAUACGCCUAUGCUCCAAUUCGCUCGCAAGAUGACCCGAAUUUUUGCCCUGGCACUCCACCUCCCCGAGACAUAUUUCGACGAGUGGACCAAACGUCCUGAAGCUGGACUGCGCAUCCUUCACUACCCCGAGCAGGACGCAUCGGUGGAUGACCAGAACGGCAUCGGAGCCCACACAGACUUUGAGUGCUUUACGAUUGUAAACCAAGACAUGUCCGGAGGGCUCGAAGUGCUGGGCAAGAGCGGGCGAUGGAUCCGUGCCAAGCCCGUGCCAAACUCCUUUGUUGUCAAUAUCGCAGACUGUUUCAUGAGGCAGACUAACGACUACUUUGUGUCGACAGUGCAUCGAGUGAUCAAUAAGAGCGGUAAAGAGAGAUACUCCAUACCGUUCUUUUACGGAUUAGACAGGAAGAUGCCCAUGCUGCCUAUUUCCUCGUGCAUAUCGGACGAGAACCCGGCGAAAUACCCUGUCAUGACGGCCGGGGAGUAUUAUCUGUGGAGGGCUAAGAAAGCUAAGCAGGGCGACAAGGCUGAUGAAGAAUAG